AUGGCGGCGGCAAUGGCGGCAACGACGAUGGUGACCGGGAACAAGGGCGGCUCGCUGGCCAUGGACAGGAAGAGCAGCUGGUCCUUUCCGACGGUCCCUGAGGUCGCGUUCCCUUGGAGCUCGCAAGCCGACUGCAAGAGCUUGGACUUUCCUCGCAGAGCGCUGUUCGCAAGCAUCGGCCUCAGCGUGUCCCUCGGCGCCCCACCAGGAGCGCGCGAGCACGGUGGGAAGGCCCGUCCUGCCGUUGGUGCCGACGACCUCGACCUUGCCUCCGCGGAGGAGGAGCCGAAGACGAAGAAGACCAAGAAGAAGCUGCAGCUGGUGCCGCGGCUGAGGAAGGUGAGGGUGAAGAUCGGCAACCCGCACGUCCGGCGGCUGGUCAGCGGCGCUCUCGCUGGCGCCCUGUCAAGGACCUUCGUGGCGCCGCUGGAGACGAUCAGGACGCACCUGAUGGUAGGCAGCUGCGGUGCCGACACCAUGGGCGGGGUGUUCCGGUGGAUCAUGCAGACGGAGGGCUGGCCCGGCCUCUUCCGCGGCAACGCCGUCAACGUCCUCCGCGUCGCGCCCAGCAAGGCCAUCGAGCACUUCACCUACGACACGGCCAAGAAGUACCUGACCCCGGAGGCCGGCGAGCCGCCCAAGUCCCCCAUCCCGAUUCCUCUCGUCGCCGGAGCGCUCGCCGGAGUGGCCUCGACCCUGUGCACGUACCCCAUGGAGCUCGUCAAGACCCGGCUGACCAUCGAGAAGGACGUGUACGACAACCUGCUCCACGCGUUCGUCAAGAUCGUGCGCGACGAAGGCCCCGGCGAGCUGUACCGCGGGCUGGAGCCGAGCGUGAUCGGCGUGGUGCCGUACGCGGCGGCCAACUUCUACGCCUACGAGACGCUGCGGGACAUGUACCGGCGCGUGUCGGGGAAGGAGGAGGUGGGCAACGUGCCGACGCUGCUCAUCGGGUCCGCCGCCGGCGCCAUCGCGAGCACGGCCACGUUCCCGCUGGAGGUGGCGAGGAAGCAGAUGCAGGUGGGCGCCGUGGGCGGGAGGCAGGUGUACAAGAACGUCCUGCACGCCAUGUACUGCAUCCUCAAAAAGGAGGGCGCCGCCGGCCUGUACCGCGGCCUCGGGCCCAGCUGCAUCAAGCUCAUGCCCGCCGCCGGCAUCUCCUUCAUGUGCUACGAGGCCUGCAAGAAGAUACUCGUCGACGACAAAGAAGAUGCCCCCGUAGCUGAGGAGGAGGAAGAGGAGGACGCCUGA